AUGAAAGGCGAGAUCGGCGGUACACCUACUACUGAUAGCAAUAUAAACGAGUGCGAGGUAAAGAAUCCGUGCGGCGCGGACACGCUGUGCGUGAAUACCGAGGGCGGCUACAGGUGCGACUGUCUGCCGGGCUAUCAGCUGGACCCGGUGCACGGCUGCGUCGACACGAACGAAUGCGCCCAGCCUAACACUUGCGCCACUAACGCCAAAUGCAUCAACGUGCCAGGAUCGUUUAAGUGCAUCUGCCUGCAGGGCUUCGUGGGUCAAGGCAACACCUUGUGCGAGAAUGUUAACGAAUGCGAGAAAAGCCCCUGCGCUGAGAACGCCGAGUGCACCGACAAUGUCGGCAGCUUCGUUUGUAGCUGUAAGACGGAUUACACUGGCGAUCCGUUCAAGGGAUGCACUGGUUAG